GUUCAUUGAGGGGGCUUUCUCAACUGGAUCUUCCGAGUAGCAGUGCAGAGUCGCAUGCUCUUCAUCCACCAAGUCUUCCAGAACAUCCUCCAUAGUGCCUACCUCCUUGUCUUGACCCUCAUCAGCAUCCUGAAGGCUGGUAGGCGUGAGGAGGGGGUUGUGAGCCACUUCAGGCUCUCUACUGGGCCCCCCUUGACUGCACCUUGUCCAUCUUGUAGAAGGGGCAUGUACAACAAGCUCUCCGGACUGAGUCUUUUGUCCUCCUAUAUAAGAGCCUCAAGUGUUUGAUGUGUUCUUGGCAUUGGGCUGGAGUGUGCUGAAUGACUGCUUUAGUCUUUGUGAAAUUUCCCGUUAGAGCUGUUUUUCUGCUGCUGCGUGUGAAGUCAUGGAGAGUGAUGUACUCCAACCACACAUUGAUCAGUACCUGGGUCAGCAAGCCAAGCAGCUGCUCUGAGCAGGAUUCAUGCAGCUGAAAGCUGUUCUGAUGUAGUCAGUGCAGCUUACCAACAAGUGCCGACAAGCUGGCGACAGGCAACAGUUGCCCUGCUGAUGUCUAGGAAACUCCCAGAGGAUGCAGCCAGCUACUGUCUCAUCUCUCUCCUCUCAACCACCAGCAAGCUUAUGGAAGGGGCACUGCUCCGCCGUCUGUCUGACAUUAUCAAAGAUAUCCUCCCAGUGGAGCAGGAAGGAUUUUGCCUGAUGAGAAACUGCUGUGACCAAAUAGUUUCACUCACCGACCACAUUGAGGCAGGAUUCCAACAUAAAUUGAAGACAGGGAUUGCCUUUGUUGAUUUGUCCUCGGCAUGUGAUGCUGUCUGGAGAGACGGCCUCGUCCUCAAGAUCUCCCACGUCAUUCACUGCUGGCGAACAAUCUGUCUCUUGGUGGCGAUGACCAGGGACCGCCACUUUAAGGUACACCUUAAUGGCCAGAUCAGUAGACCAAGAACUCUUAACUCAGGCACCUCUCAGGGCACUGUCCUGGCCCCAGUACUUUUUAUUCUAUACACCACGUAUAUACCAGUGACAGAGUUGAGGAAAUUUUGUGUAUGCUGAUGACAUUGCCCUAGCUACUCAGCACACAAGUUUCCAUAUAAUCAGCUGCACUCUAACCCAAGAUCUUAGCAAAAUGGCUGAUUAUUUCCAAUGCUGAAACUUAGGGCUAACCUGAAAAAAAUUCAUGGUGACCGCUUUCCGUCUGAACAAUAAAAUGGCUAAUACCAAACUUAAUGUGCAGUUCUGUGGUGAGAUUGUCAGCCAUGAGGCUAACCCAAAGUAUCUCGGCAUUACACUUGACCUUUCAACAAUACCUCGUAAACAUCACGCACGAUAAGGUUAGGUCUCGUGUCACUUAUAAUGAAACAUCAUGGGGCUCCAGACCAUGGAUCCUACAAACCGCAACAAUAGUCUUGGUACGUUCUACGGCAUAAAUGAUUGAGUACAUCAUAUCUGAGUAUCCCCUUCAUUCUUUCGCCGGAAGCUUGAAGGGCAUUCACCAGUUCACUGCUGCAGGAACAUGCUAGCUAUCAAAUCUAGAUAUAAAUUUGUAAUCAUUGCUACCUACCCAAGCCAUAUGAAAGAAGUAAUACAGCUCAUUACUGCCGGUGAAAAUGAGGACAGGGAUCUUUAUGUAUUGGGUAAGGGUCAGGAAGAAAAGCAUUCAAGGCAUUGUGGGAAUGGGGGAAGGACUACUGAAACUUGAGACCUGACACACAUCCCUUACCCCUGCCCUCACUAAAUGGUGUGUACUUACCUACAUCCCUCAGAUGUGCUAAUUUACUUGUUCUCUGUUGCUUUCAGACGUGCUUCUGGAGUUUAGAUGUAGACAACGGGGGUUAUGGCACAACCGCAUGCAUGGACACAUGUAUAGUUGUUAGUAUAGCUGUAACCUCAGUGUAAGAGAAGCAGCAGAAACACACAGGACACAGAGAAAGAACAAAGAAGGUUCCAGACACAGCCAGAGAAGCCUGAGUAGCCUGACCUUGAGGAAAAAGAAGCUGAGAGAGUGAGAGAGAGAGAGCUGUUGGGUAAAGAGAAAGAGGCUUCAAACUGUGAGCAAAGAAACUGUUUCCUGUUGUUUGAGUUUUAUUGUGUUGAGGGAAACAAGACUUUGAACAGUCUUUGUAAAUAAACAGGACUGUACAAAAGAAAUACUUGACUCCAUCACCAAUCUCUCCUUCAAAUGGAAACAACCCAUUAGAUUCUGAAAAUUGGGUACCCAUUCCAAUCAAAAAUGGAUAACCGUAUAAAGGUCUUAAAGAUUCAUUUAACUGGAACCUUACCUUUUUGUAAGUUAUGGUUUCUGUUUAUUUUAUUUAGCCAUGUAUGUCCCAAGAAUGAGUAAGUGUAACACCAAAUAUUACAAGACUCAGCAACACUGUUUCCUUCAGUUUGAGAAGUUUCACUCUGUUAUGAUGGUAUGCGUUUGGGAAGUACUUAGCCCUGGUCUACACUAGGACUUUAGGUCGAAUUUAGCAGCGUUAAAUCGAUGUAAACCUGCACCCGUCCACACAAUGAAGCCCUUUAUUUCGACUUAAAGGGCUCUUAAAAUCGAUUUCCUUACUCCACCCCUGACAAGUGGAUUAGCGCUUAAAUCGACGUUGCCGGCUCGAAUUUGGGGUACUGUGGACACAAUUCGAUGGUAUUGGCCUCCGGGAGCUAUCCCAGAGUGCUCCAUUGUGACCGCUCUGGACAGCACUCUCAACUCAGAUGCACUGGCCAGGUAGACAGGAAAAGAACCGCGAACUUUUUAAUCUCAUUUCCUGUUUGGCCAGCGUGGCAAGCUGCAGGUGACCAUGCAGAGCUCAUCAGCACAGGUGACCAUGAUGGAGUCCCAGAAUCGCAAAAGAGCUCCAGCAUGGACCGAACGGGAGGUACGGGAUCUGAUCGCUGUUUGGGGAGAGGAAUCCGUGCUAUCAGAACUCCGUUCCAGUUUUCGAAAUGCCAAAACCUUUCUGAAAAUCUCCCAGGGCAUGAAGGACAGAGGCCAUAACAAGGACCCGAAGCAGUGCCGCGUGAAACUUAAGGAGCUGAGGCAAGCCUACCAGAAAACCAGAGAGGCGAACAGCCGCUCUGGGUCAGAGCCCCAAACAUGCCGCUUCUAUGAUGAGCUGCAUGCCAUUUUAGGGGGUUCAGCCACCACUACCCCAGCCGUGUUGUUUGACUCCUUCAAUGGAGAUGGAGGCAAUACGGAAGUAGGUUUUGGGGACGAAGAAGAUGAUGAUGAUGAUGAUGAUGAGGUUGUAGAUAGCUCACAGCAAGCAAGCGGAGAAACCGGUUUUCCCGACAGCCAGGAACUGUUUCUCACCCUAGACCUGGAGCCAGUACCCCCCAAACCCACCCAAGGCUGCCUCCUGGACUCAGCAGGCGGAGAAGGGACCUCUGCUGCAUGUGUUUCAAUGAUCACAGGAUCUUCUCCUUCCCAGAGGCUAGUGAAGCUUAGAAAGAAAAAAAAAACGCACUCGCGAUGAAAUGUUCUCCGAGCUCAUGCUGUCCUCCCACACUGACAGAGCACAGACGAAUGCGUGGAGGCAAAUAAUGUCAGAGUGCAGGAAAGCACAAAAUGACCGGGAGGAGAGGUGGCGGGCUGAAGAGAGUAAGUGGCGGGCUGAAGAGAGUAAGUGGCGGGCUGAAGAGACUAAGUGGCGGGCUGAAGACAGGGCUGAAGCUCAAAUGUGGCGGCAGCAUGAUGAGAGGAGGCAGGAUUCAAUGCUGAGGCUGCUGCAGGACCAAACCAGUAUGCUUCAGUGUACGGUUGAGCUGCAGCAAAGGCAGCUGGAGCACAGACUGCCACUGCAGCCCCUCUGUAACCAACCGCCCUCCUCCCCAAGUUCCAUAGCCUCCACACCCAGACGCCCAAGAACGCGGUGGGGGGGCCUCCAGCCAACCAGCCACUCCACCACAGAGGAUUGCCCAAAAAAAAGAAGGCUGUCAUUCAAUAAAUUUUAAAGUUGUAAACUUUUAAAGUGCUGUGUGGCAUUUUCCUUCCCUCCUCCACCACCCCUCCUGGGAUACCUUGGUAGUCAUCCCCCUA